AUGUCCCCCGCGGCCACCGCGUGCGCCACGCCGGCGGCGGCGCGCCCGCCCCUCAACACGGUCCCGACCCGCCGCUCGCCGCCCUCUGCCGCGCGCCCGCCAUCGGCCACCCCCGCCCGCCGCGCCGCCGGCUGCUGCUUCUGCGCCGCCGCCGCCUCCUCCAACUCCUCGGCAUCGUCGCCCUCCACCUGGGACUGGACCCGAUGGAGCCGCCACUUCGACGAGGUCGACCAAGCCGAGAGCUACGCAUCUCUCCUCCAGUUCCAGCUGGAGGAGGCGGUGGAGAACGAGGAUUUCGCGGAGGCCGCCAAACUCAAGAGGGACAUCAUAGAGGCCACCGGAAACGACGCCGUAGCCCACGUCAUGGCCGAGCUCAAGAGUGCUAUAGAGGAGCAACGGUACCAGGGCGCGUCGAGGUUGACAAGGCUUGCUGGGACCAGCUUGGUAGGUUGGUGGGUGGGAUAUGCUAAGGACACUGAUGAUUCCAUUGGGAGAAUCGUAAGAAUAAGCCCUGGUGUCGGGAGAUAUGUGGCCAAGAGCUACAGCCCAAGGCAAUUGGUCACUGCAUCUUCAGGGACUCCAUUAUUUGAAAUUUUCCUUGUCAGAGAAGAUGACGAGACAUAUACAAUGAAGGUGGUACACUUGCGACCAACAAAAGGAACUUCAGGUGCAUCAUCCAUAUCAUCAACAAUAACAGAAAGCCCAGCAAAGGUAGAGAAUGAAAGUUCAUCAGAAAGUAGUGCUAUAUCUGACAGUAUUACAGAGGAGGCAAAUACAGACACUCCAGUAAAAGGAAAUGAGGAUGCUGAAGAGAAAGAGCAAGAUGUUGGUAGCAGCAAGGAUAGUAGUGUCGAAGGAUUAAAAAGUGUUUUGAAUUUUUUUAAGUCUCGAAUUCCGGAAUUCAAAGUUCAGGUGAUAAAUGUUGAUGUGUCUGAGGAAACUGAAUUGGCUGCAAAUUUGUCCGAAGAAUUAGCGCAAGAUGAUGUGAAGAGUACUCCAGAAAGCUCAUUGGAAGAGCCAACCACUGAGGAACUUGAGCAGGAGGAAGAUGUUCCAGAAGAAGAUAUGGAUGAAGAAAGUAAAAGUACGGAAGUGAAGCUUUUUAUUAGUGGAGUAGUUCACAAUAAAGAAGAUGCUGGAGCAAAAUCAUAUGUUCUGAGUUCCAGCGAAAUAAAUAACAUGGAAAAAGACUCCUUUGAACUGUACAUUCCUGGAAAAGGUUCUGAUCGUGAUCUGGCUGAAACAAAGGCUGCAAAACAGAAAGUUGCAGAUAUGGCUGCUAAAUUAGCCUCAGAGCUUAUGCCGUCUGAUGUUGCUAAGGCAUUAUGGGGUACAACCAAGAGUUCUUCAAAGAUAAAUAAAGAAGUUCAGGAGCUUUUAAGGCUUACGUUAAGCAAGGCCCAAGUCAAGCUGACCGAGAAUACCAUUUUUAAUCGGAUCAUUAUGGACACUAACAGCACAGAUCCAUUUAAUGGUCUCUAUGUGGGAGCAUUUAGUCCAUAUGGACCAGAAAUUGUGCAGCUCCGACGGAAGUUCGGCCACUGGAAUAGUACUGAUGACGUUGAGUUUUUCGAGUAUGUCGAAGCAGUAAAGUUGACUGGUGAUCUGAGUGUCCCUGCUGGCCAGAUAACGUUUCGUGCAAAGAUUGGGAAGGGCAAGCGACUUGAGAAUCGGGGCACGUAUCCAGAGGAAUUCGGUGUGAUUGCCAGUUAUAAAGGUCAGGGUAGAAUAGCUCAGCCUGGAUUCAAAAAUCCUCGAUGGGUGGAUGGUGAGCUGUUGGUGCUCAGUGGCAAGAGUACAAUCCCACACCUUGGAGGCGCAGAGCUCGGUUUCCUGUACAGCUUACCUGAGCAGAGUUUUCUGGUUCUCUUCGAUCGGCUUAACCUUCCCGAGUGA